UUUUCAUUCAGGCAGCAUUUGAAUAAGGAAGAUGGCGGCUGCAGCAGUGGUUGAGUUUCAGAGAGCCCAGUCUCUCAUUAGCACGGACCGCGACGCCUCUAUCGACAUUCUCCAUUCAAUAGUGAGGAGAGAUGUCCAAGAGAACGAUGAGGAAGCUGUCAGGGUUAAAGAACAGAGCAUCCUGGAGCUCGGGACGCUCCUGGCUAAGACGGGACAGGCUGCUGAACUAGGGGGUCUGCUGAAAUUUGUGAGGCCUUUUCUGAUUUCCAUCAGCAAGGCAAAGGCGGCCCGGCUGGUCCGCUCUCUGCUUGACCUCUUCCUUGACAUGGAGGCAGCAACAGGGCAGGAGGUCGAGCUGUGUCUUGAAUGCAUUGAGUGGGCCAAGACUGAGAAGAGAACCUUCCUACGACAGGCUCUGGAGGCACGACUGAUCUCACUCUAUUUUGACACCAAAAGAUACCAGGAGGCCUUGGCGCUUGGCACCCAGUUGCUCCAGGAGCUGAAAAAGAUGGAUGACAAAGCUCUUCUUGUAGAGGUUCAGCUGCUUGAAAGUAAGACGUACCACGCUCUCAGUAACCUGCCCAAGGCCCGCGCAGCCCUCACCUCAGCCAGGACCACCGCCAACGCCAUUUACUGUCCCCCGAAGCUCCAGGCAGCUCUGGACAUGCAGUCAGGGAUCAUCCACGCAGCAGAGGAGAAGGACUGGAAGACGGCCUACUCCUACUUCUUUGAGGCCUUCGAGGGCUACGACUCCAUCGACAGCCCCAGAGCCAUCACAGCACUCAAAUACAUGCUUCUGUGCAAAAUUGUCCUCAACUUACCAGAAGAGGUUCAAGCCCUGAGCAGUGGAAAACUGGGCCUGCGGUAUGCCGGCCGACAGGCAAAUGCGCUGAAAUGUGUCGCCCAGGCUUGCAAGAACAGAUCGUUAGCAGACUUUGAAAAGGCCCUCACAGAGUACAGAGCAGAACUGAGGGACGAUCCCAUUAUCAGCACUCACCUGGCCAAGCUGUAUGACAACCUGCUGGAACAAAACCUCAUCCGAGUCAUUGAACCCUUUUCCAGAGUACAGAUAGAACACAUAUCAGGUCUAAUCAAACUGUCAAAGGCGGAUGUUGAGAGGAAAUUAUCACAGAUGAUUCUGGACAAAAAGUUUCACGGAAUCCUUGACCAAGGCGAAGGUGUUUUGAUCAUAUUCGAAGAGCCUCCAGUGGACAAAACAUACGAAGCAGCCUUGGAAACAAUUCAGAACAUGAGCAAAGUUGUGGAUUCACUUUACAACAAAGCCAAGAAGCUGACAUAGAGCAGAUUGCCACGGCAGUGAGAUGGAGGAACUGUGUGUGUGUUUGACCAGCGUGUGUAACAUUUUAAGAAGGGGACAAGGGAGAGCAACAAAAAGUCCCACAAACUGCAACAAACAGGAUUCCCCAUCAAACUCCCCCCUCCUCCUCUUCCUCCUCCUCCUCUCCCUCAAUGGACAAUUUCAUCACUUCUCUUGUUUAUUUUUUUUUUCCUCCUUUAAUUUUGAUAUCUCUUCAGGAUUCUGUAUAACACUCAGCGGCCAAAUCAGGCCAUCAGGGAAUAUUGUACAACCACAAUAAACAGAUUAAAAGGUUUAAGAAUACAUAUAUGUUUAUAUCUGCUAUAAGGUCGGGCUUGCCAAGCUGACUCCACUGCAACCUCAAAGGUGCAACAUUGACCUCUGGGGCCUCGGACUCUGCUACCUACUGCGUAUGCAGAAUCAAGGCUUUCUCCUUCUUCUUGUCCAUAUCUUUCAGAAGCACACUGUUCAGUUUUUGGAAGGUUGGGAUACUCCUUGGGAUACUGAAUUUUGGUUGAAGAGCUCCCCCUAACUCUUAUUUCUUUUUUCCUCACCAUAUCAAUGCCAACAGUUAAGUCCCCAUUGUAUUUCAGAUAUGUAUUAAACUCACUUUAUUUGUUUUUGGUUUUGUGAUUUUGUUUUUUAAAAAAAAAAUGAAAAAAAAGAAAAUCAGAUGGUUGCCACAUGUCUGCCCACCCUGGUUAUGUCUGUUUAUAGUACAGACUGGAUGCCAUUUCACCACUAGUGCCACUUUUUGGGCGCUUCUGUUUGCCUCAGUAUUUGGGCGCAAUAUGAGAGCGGAGGGCAGAGGUGGAGAUUUAUUCAUUGCCUCUGAGCGUCUGUGAGUUAUCCCUGACUGAGCAAUUCUCCAUUGUUAGUUCCUAGCACUAGUGUGGUAUGCUAGUAACCAAACAAUUUGUAUGGUUUUGAUUUGGUUUUGAUUUUUUUUGUUUUUUUUGUUUUACUCUUAUAAAGACAUUUUCAAAAUAAAUAUUUUGUAUUUUAAGGAUUUUGUCUUGUCUCUUGCAAAAAAAGACUUGCUGAUGGUAAUUUGACUUGGUGAUUUUUCAAUCGGCCACUCAGCUGUGAUAUUUGUUUUACAGUUUAAGGAUGAGAAGACGGGGAUUUACAUGUUGCAAAGUGUCUGAAAUGCGCUAAAAAUGGCAGUGUGACCCAGAAAAUGUAUACAACAGUUAAUGGAAGUGCUGUAUGCCUGAUCAUUAAAGGACAAGUAGAAGGGGAGGUAUCUAUAUGCAGUCAGAAGAACAGAAAUACAGAUUUUGACACUACAAAAUACAGAAUUCACCUGAGUCUCUUCCUCCUGCUGCUAUGUGUCACUAAUUUGAAAAAGAACACAUCAAAGGGCAUUAAAUCAGUUAAAUGGA